AUGGCUGGCAUACAGUUUGUGAAGAGCCAGCAGGCUGACGAGAAACACUCGCUGCUGGAGCAGUAUACGAUGCCUCAGGAAGUGCACGAUGCGCUGGAACGGGAUUCUGAGGCCCAGCAGAGCGGGGAGCAGGCCAGCACAAGGGCGGAAAGGUACCAAGAUCGGCGGUUUGAACGGGGACUAGACGGAAAGAUCGCGAAACGGGCGCCGGAGACGGCGGCUGCGUUGCAGCAGGUGGCGAAGAGGCCGAAGAAUGCGGACAAAGGCGAAGGCUACACGCUGCCGGGGAUGGGCGCGGACGAGCAGCGGGAGCUGCAGAACGAGCUGGUGCAGGAGAUACCGGGGGUCAAGGACCUGCAGUUCUUCAAGGCGUCGGACAAGCAGCACUUCGGUCAGCUGCUGGACGGGCGCGAUGAGGAGGAGCUGAGCAAGGAGGAGCAGCUGCAGCGCCAGGUGCUGCGGCUGGUGCUGCGCGUGAAGAACGGGGUGCCGGCGACGCGCAAGGCGGCGCUGCGGACGCUGACGGACCGGGCGGCAGAGUAUGGCGCGGAGCCGCUGUUCGCCAGCAUCCUACCAAUCGUUCUGGACCGAACGCUGAGCGACCAGGAGCGGCACCUGGUGAUAAAGAUGGUGGACCGCCUACUGCUGCGCCUCAACAGUCUGGCGCGUCCGUACACGCACAAGAUCCUGAUUGUGACGGCGCCGAUGCUGGUGGACGAGGACGAGCUCGUACGAACGAGCGGGCGGGAGAUCAUCUCGAAUCUGGCGCGCGCGGUGGGCCUCGGGACCAUGGUGUCAACGAUACGGCCGGACAUUGACAGCGCGGACGAGUUUAUCCGGAACAUCACUGCACGGGCCGUGGCUGUCGUGGCGAAGUCGCUGGGGAUCCCCCAGUUAGUGCCGUUCAUCCGCGCGGUGUGCUAUUCGAAGAAGUCCUGGCGCGCUCGCCAUACGGGUAUGAAGAUUGUGCAACAGACUUCCAUUUUGGUCGGGAUCGGCAUCCUGCCGUACCUGAACGAUCUCGUCAGAUGCGUCUACAUGGGUCUGACAGACCAGCAUCCGAUGGUGCGAAUUAUGGCAGCGCAGUCGGUCGCAUCCCUCGCACAAAGCAGCCAUCCGUACGGAAUAGAGGCGUUCAACGUUGCAUUGGAGCCACUGUGGCGGGGCGUGAAAACCCACCGGGGCAAGGCACUUGCGGCGUUUUUGCGAGCACUUGGCUUCAUCAUACCCCUCAUGGACCCUGAGUACGCAGGAUACUACACUCAGGAAGUCAUGCGGAUUGUUCAGCGCGAGUUUGCGUCGCCAGACGAUGAGAUGAAGAGGACCGUUUUGCAAGUACUGCAAAAGUGCAGCGGCACGGAGGGCGUGACGCCGCAGUUCCUGCGGGAACAUGUAGCGCCUCAUUUCUUCAGUAAUUUCUGGAUUAGAAGGGUGGCUCUCGAUCCACAGCUCAAUAAACAAGUUAUCUACACGACAGUGGUUCUAUCUCUGAAGUUAGGAUGCGCUUUUACGUUGGGCAACCUUUUAAAUCCACUGAGAGAUGAAUCCGAGCCUUUCCGCACAAUGGCUGCGCACGCGACGAAUAGGGUGGUACAACUCCUGGGCAGCGCUGAUAUCGACGAAGAGCUUGAAAAUAGGCUUGUCGAUGCACUAUUGAUAGCCUUCCAGGAACAGACAUCUGAGGACCGCAUUAUAUUCAGGGCCUUCGGUACCUUGGCCACCUCAUUGGACAAAAGAAUGAAACAGUACUUGGGGCCAAUAAUUAGUACUGUCCUGACUAGACUGAGGAAUAAGAACCAGGUCCUUCGUCAGCACGCCGCCGACCUGUGCACAGUUAUGGUGCCUGUAAUAUACGCAUGCGCAGAGAUUCAGAUGCUGCACAAAUUGAACAUCAUUCUGUAUGAGUCCCUUGGUGAGGUUUACCCUGAUGUUCUUGGGUCUAUUAUUUCAGCUAUGGAUACAAUUGUAGCGGUUACAAUCCUGAAGGACUUGCAACCCCCAGUGAACCAAAUCCUCCCCACUCUAACACCAAUCUUGCGAAAUAGACACAAAAAGGUUCAGGAUAACACUAUUAAGCUUGUUGGUCGUAUUGCAAACCGUGGCCCUGAAUACGUGCCUCCUAAGGAAUGGAUGCGGAUUUGUUUUGAGCUGUUGGAGAUGCUCAAAAGUCCUUCUAAAUCCAUUCGGAUAUCUGCGAACGCCACCUUCGGUUUUAUCGCCAAAGCCAUAGGACCACAGGAUGUUUUGGUUGCCCUGUUGAAUAAUCUAAAGGUCCAGGAGCGCCAGCUCCGUGUUUGCACAGCUGUCGCAAUUGGUAUCGUUGCAGAGACUUGCCAGCCAUUUACAGUGUUACCUGCCUUAAUGAAUGAUUACAAAACACCGGAGACAAAUGUGCAGAAUGGUGUCCUGAAGGCGAUGUCAUUUAUGUUUGAAUAUAUAGGACGCAUGUCCAAGGAUUACCUUUACGUUAUAUCGCCACUUUUACAAGACGCGUUGAUUGAUAGAGAUUUGGUACAUCGACAGACCGCCUCGACGGUUGUUAGGCAUUUGGCCUUGGGUUGCAUGGGGCUCGGCUAUGAAGACUUAUUCAUUCACCUAUUAAAUCUUAUAAUGCCCAACGUCUUCGAAACGUCCCCACACGCCAUUGUCCGCAUACUUGAGGGAUUAGAAGCACUUAGAUAUGCUUUGGGCCCUUCCAUAUUUAUGAACUAUGUUUGGGCUGGCCUGUUUCAUCCAGCUCGUAACGUGCGGAAGGUUUACUGGCGGUUGUACAAUUCGGCAUAUAUCGAACAACUUGAUGCGCUAGUCCCCUGUUAUCCCGUGUUUAAGGAAGAGAACUAUUACAUAGAAGAAUUAGAGCAAGUUAUAUAA